AAUGAUUUGAAGAUGGGGCCAGGCAUUGAAGUUGAAACCCCAAUCUAUACAUGAGACAAAAAAUCUUCAUAUGGUUGUUCACUGACUUUACUUAGGAGCCCAUUUGGAUCCUGUUUCUUUGACAAAAACUAGCAAAAUACAAAUGGGUACACAGAGCAAGGCCUCUCCAGACUCCAUGGUUAUUGAUAUGGGAGAUUCUAUUAUCAAUUCAAACUUCAAUGAAGAAAACUGGAUAAGCAAGAUCAAGGGCAUACUCAACAAGGAGCAACUUGGGCAUGAGAUUGACAAUCCUACAAAUUGUAUUUUCCAAGUGCCCAAAUCUGUAAGUUCCAUCAAACCAGAAGCUUUUAUUCCUCAGAGAAUUGCUUUAGGACCUUAUCAUCAUUUCAGGCCUAAGUUUUAUAAGAUGCAGAAGUGCAAGCUUCAUGAGGUUCAGAUUGUUCAUCAGCGACUAAAACUUCCUGAAUUUCAGCUUCUCUUUGAUCAACUUAAGAGAAAAGUUAAAGAUGUUCGAGGGUAUUACCAUGAGCACUUGGAUAUCCAUGAUGAUACCUUGUCAUGGAUAAUGGUAAUUGAUGGUCUGUUCUUGCUGCAAUUGAUCUGCGAUGAACAGCCUUUGGAGUUUGUUGACUCAUCAGGAAGAAAGUUUCCCAUGGAAGCCAUCCUCAGAGAUGUGGUGUUGCUUGAGAACCAGAUCCCAUUCUUUGUGUUAGAGCAUCUUCUUGCCAGGUCCAAUCCUGCAACCAAAAUCCAAUCUUUGCUUUCUAUGACCAUCAAGUUUUGUCCAAGAAUUUCUCCAGUAGCAUUGCAGGGGUAUUUCCCCAAAAAGAGUUUUGAGUGCCCUUUGCAUUUGUUGGAUCUACUUUACAACUUAGUUUGGUUUGGAGGGUUCCCAGUACGCAGGGAUAUUGCAGUAGCAGUAGGACGACAGGGAAGUUUCAAUGUUUGGAGUGCUCUCUGGGAUAUGAUUUCCUAUCUAAAUGUUGGCUUCUUAGUCAUCCCUAAAAAAAUCAUAGAUUUAAUUCUAAAAAUCUUACAAGUUUUGGGAAUUUCCAUCUCUUUACAAUUUACAGAGGAGAAGGCUUUGACUCCCACAGCAUCACAGUUGUCCAGUGUCAAGGUUAAGUUCUGUCACACUGGUCUUGGCAUCAGUUUCAUCUGUUUUACCAAGGAGGACACCGCUCUUCACCUUCCAGUCCUUACUUUAAACGUUAAUACAGAGGUCAUAAUCAGAAAUUUACUGGCAUAUGAAGCUGUGAUCAAGCCUGAGACUCCGAAUUUCGCACGUUACAUUGAACUGAUGGCAGCAAUGAUUCAUACUACUGAGGAUGUAGACCUGCUCAAAAAUAACAAAAUUGUGAUGCACAAAGGAGACAAUGGUGAGGUUGUGAAGCUCUUUAAUGGGUUGAGAAAUUCUCUAGUUUCUGAAGGUGAGUCAGAAUUAGAUCAUUGUAUCAAAGAAGUUAAUGAGUAUUACAAUAGUAGCUGGAAGAUAAAGUUCAAAAACCUUAUAAAGAAGAAUGUUUAUUCCUCGUGGAAGAUGCUCACAAUUAUUGCCACCAUCUUGCUCUUGCUGCUGAUGGCUCUACAGACUUUCUGCUCAAUCUACAGUUGCCCUGGAAUAUUUAAGACAAGCAAGAAACACUUGAGCUUGACUUCAAGCUUCUAGCUUUGCAUGUCUUUCAACAGGUCAUCAUAAUUUUCCAGACUAGAUGUUGCCUGGGAUUUGUUCUGUUCUUUCUAGCACUGCAUGUAUUCAUGUAAGUUUGAAGUACCAAUUGCAGAAGACAUGCCCGUCUGCUCAUGUAAAUGCUCAUCGUUUCUUUUUUUU